AUGUCACCACAGACCACCCAUGAUUCGGCGGUUUCUUUGCCUACCUCUGAUGCGAGCUUCACGGAGAAAAAGGACGUCCAUGUUGAAACAGCAUCUAUCAGACCAACUGAUAGCAGUGAUGCCGAAUUGGGAGAGUCGUCUCAGGAUGAGGAUGACAACCUCGUUCAUUGGGAUGGUCCCAAUGAUCCCGAAAACCCGAUGAAUUGGACGAAUUUCCGAAAAUGGUUGACCAUUGCCUUGAUUUCCAUAAGCAGUUACAAUGUCUCUCUGGUGUCUACAAUUUUCUCACCGGCUGUGCCGGCUGUCCAGGAUGAAUUCAACAACCAUGAUGACUCUAUCUCUUCGCUUAUGAUCUCUGUAUACGUUAUGGGGGCUGCUAUUGGCCCUCUCGUCCUGACACCUAUCACCGAAAUGAGCGGGAGGUUGCCUAUGACCCACGCGGCAAACUUUCUUUUCUUAGUUGCCGACAUUGUGUGUGCUGCCAGCGUCAACAUACCGAUGCUGAUCGUCUCCCGACUUUUCAUGGGUGUGGCUAGCUCCGUCCCAGUAACUGUGGGAGGUGGCUUCGUUAGCGAUAUGAUGAAAAUGGAUGAGCGAGGAACGGCCAUGACAAUCUGGACCGUGGGGCCUCUUUUGGGUUUUGUGACUGGUCCUAUCUUCGGUGGCUAUAUGGUUCAAAACGUUGGAUGGAGAUGGACUGUCUGGCUCGAGGCCAUUGUCGGUGCAAUCGUUGCUAUUGCGUCUUUGUUUCUGCUCCGCGAGACAUACGCACCAACCAUUCUCCAGAAGAAGGCGAUGAGGCUACAGAAGCAGACGGGUCGCCACUACCGUACCAAGUUCGAAACGGGCCAAACUGCCUGCCAGAUGCUGCGGGUUUCACUGACCCGUCCGAUCAAAUUCCUGGUCCUCUCGCCCAUCGUCUUGAUUGUGUCUCUGUACAGUGCUGUCACAUACAGCUACAUGUACAUCCUCUUCACAACCUUCACCGAGCUUUUUGAGUCGAUGUACAACUUCUCGCCGGGCGAGGCUGGUCUCGGCUACCUGGGCAUCGGUCUAGGAUUCACUUUCGGUCAAAUCACGGUUGGUUACUUCUCAGACCGCUAUGUGCGACGACAAGAGAAGAUCCACGGCAAGAUGAGGCCCGAGGACCGUCUGCCGCCUCUCGUCGUGGGAUGUUGUCUCGUGCCCAUCGGCCUUCUCUGGUACGGCUGGUCAGCUGAGUACCACACGCACUGGAUCGUUCCCAUCAUCGGUACCUUCUUCCUAGGCGCCGGUAUCUACUACGUGCACUUGGUGACGCAGGUGUACUUGGUGGACGCAUACACGACGUACGCCGCCAGCGCCGUCUCGGCGGAACUUUGUCUUCGGUCGAUUUUCGGCGCCACCAUCCCCCUUGCCGGCACCCAUCUGUACAACAAGCUUGGAAUGGGCUGGGGCAACAGUCUUUUGGCUUUCAUUGCGGCCGCAUUUGCGCCCACUACCCUUUUCCUCCUGAAGUACGGAGAGAGCAUCCGGACCAACCCGAAAUUCCGUCCUAACAUGAACUAA